AUGGCAUCAGGAGGGUAUGGAUAUGCUGAAUCAUAUGUGAUGCAGAAGCUAUACAAGGAAAAAUUGAAGAAAAUAGCACAGGCAGAAAAUCUACAAGAGGAGAAGAAGAUCCAUACACUCAAAACAGGUUCUACGGAUAAAACAUCAACCGGUUGUUUCUCAUUGUUUCCCAAGAAACAACAUAAGAAAAGUUCUCAUGUAUCAGAUUCUAACGACUCGUAA